AGGAGAGCCUGCAAAGCAGCCUGCUGGAGGCUGAGCAGCACAUAUGGGAGCUGGAGAUGGCCAGGAGCCCUGUGGAAGCCCAAGUGCACAGGGCCAGGCAGGCCAAGGAGGCGAUACUGGAGGAUGUGAGGGGCCUUCGUUGUGAGCUGCUGGCUGUAAGAGCUCUCAGCCAGCAGCAAUGUGAAGACAUGGCUGAACAGCUCCGCUGGGCACAAGAACAGUGCUGCAAGGCUCUGAGACUCUGGCAAUCUGCCCAGGAAGAGGAAAAAAGGAACCUCAUGCAAAAACUGGAGAGACAACUGGAAGAGCAGCAUGUGGAGGCACGGAAGCAGCUGGAGGAACGGGCAAACUUCCUGGCAGAGGUGCUGCAGGAAGAGCAGCGUCAGAAGGCUUGUGUCAUCCACAAGGUGUACCAGCUGCAGAGAGAGCUGAAGCAAAGUGAGCAGCUGAGGCAGAAGCUGAAUGAGCAGUGGCAGAAUGAGCAGGUCAUGCUGCAGGCUGAGCUGCAGGAAGCUGAGAGAAAGAUGAGGGCAAUGGAGAAGAGGCACCAAGAGGAAAUGGAAAGGAUGCACAAGGUCCUGCUGCAGUACAGGCUGGCUGAAGAAAAGCAGGUGGACGCAGGAUCUGCCAUCGAAGCUGCUGGUGCAGCAGCAUCCUGCCAAGAAGCCUCCUCUCCACAGCCUGAAAACCAGAGCAUGAGCAGCUCGGCCCGCUCAAGCCAGGAGAGAGAGAAGCAGUUCCUGAAGCUGCUGAGGUGUGUGGUGAGUGUGGAAGAUCCAGAAAAGAAGUACACUGGAUGGGAACAUCUUGGCAGUGGGGGCUUUGGAGCUGUUUAUAAGGCCUUCGACACUGCCACAGGACAAGCGGUGGCUGUAAAGGAACUUUAUCUCCAGCACCAGGGCUGUGAGGGAAUAUUAAAAGAAAUCCUGCUCAUGAGAGAAAAUAAGAACGCCAAUAUUGUCAGCUACUUAGAAAGCUACCUUGUGGAUGAGGCUGUCCUGCUGGUGUUGGAAUAUAUGGAUGGAGGCUCCUUAGCUGAUGUGGUCACCGUGAGAAGGAUGGCUGUAGGACACAUAGCAACAGUGUGUCGGGAGUGCCUGCAAGGCCUGGCUUUCCUUCAUGCCAAGCAGGUGAUCCACAGAGACAUCAAAAGCGACAACAUCCUUCUGGGCCGGGAUGGCUCCGUCAAGCUGGCUGAUUUUGGCCUCUGUGCUGUGCUCAGCCCUGGGCACAGGAAAUGGAGGUCGAUGGUCGGGACCACUUACUGGAUGGCACCCGAGGUGGUGAGAAGAGAGCCUUACGGCCCCAAAGUGGACACCUGGUCCCUUGGCAUUGUGGGGAUAGAAAUGGCCACAGGAGAGGCUCCUUAUAUGCAGGAGACCAGUGUCAAGGCCAGCUACCUGAUAGGCAAGCAAGGGGUUCCAAAUCUGCAGCAGCUCAGGCUACCCCCUGGCUUGUGUGAAUUUCUGGGCUGCUGCCUGCAGAUGGAUGUGGACAGGCGAGGCUCUGCCAAGGAACUUCUGCAGCAUCCAUUUCUGCAAUCAGCGGAGCCUCUCUUUAGCCUCUUCUGACAGCCUGAUUGCUGCCAUCCCUGCAGCAAGGGAAUGCAAGAAGCAAAGGAGAUGACAAGGUGUGAGAGUCUGUCCAAAACUUCCCUCAUUUUUUGCCUCUCGAUCGUCAUGAAAGCCAAGACCACCGGGGAAAGGGAAAGAUCCUGUUCUGAAAAUCCAGGUCUGUCUGGUCCACCAAGCCAGAUUAUUGCCUACGGGUGUGUUUGCUCAACUCAUGGAACACUGCACCCAAGAAGGGGCAGUGUGCUCUCCUUCGCCUGCAUCACCUAGCAACGCUAGUGCUGGAAUUUCUCCACCCUUCUGACUUGGCUGGACUUUCUCUCUGGAAUGACCUUUCUGGAGGUUACCACAAAAGGACCCUCCAUUCACCGUACAUCAACCACCGUGACAGAUGGACUGAGAUGGGAGAAGGUUCUCCCCUCAAGGACUGAGACGUGUGACCCCUACAUGGAAAAGCUCGUCUCUUUUCCCAAAAGGACUGAGACUGAAAUCCCCACCGUAGGGUGAGGGAAGGUAUGCGUGGGGACCGGAGCAAGUUUUGCAAGCGACCACUGGACCGAGAAGACAAUGGUUCCUGCCUACGACAUCUGCUGCUGACGACGCCUGUUCCUGAUGGACUACUGAUGGACUCCUUGUACCCUUUAUCAAUAGACUAUUUUGAAAUGGGUCCCCUUCCCCCAUUUCAAAAGGACUAUAAAAAAGGUUAGACCUGACUGAUACCUUUGAGAUCUCCCCUGACGUGAAGACGACAGGCCUCUUCGUCGACCGGACUUCGAGGGACUUUGUCAUCUGCACGUCUGGUAGCUAUAUACCUCCUUGCCCUCCCUCUCUUCUUUUUCUUUUCCUUACUCUUUUCCCUUUCUUCAUUCCCCUUCUCUCUAACACAUCUUUGCUAUGGCUAUUUAAUAAAAGUACAUGUAUUUUGAUUUUACUGCAAA